UUCUGGGAGGAAACGCAUGCGCUCUUAUUGGUGAACCUGGACAGAGGUAAACAUUUCGUUUCCCGUCACCUAAUUAGUCAAAAUCUCCAAGAGGAAACCACAGAAAUGACGUAUGCGUAGUGCACGAAGGGAAGCAAUUACUUAUCUGUAGAGCUUAUUGCGCAAAUUAUGUUUUGACAUAAUAGACAACGGAAUUUUCAGUUGUGAAAAGUUGAUGGGGUGCAUCUGAGGGUCAAAAUGUCUGGACCAAGAACGCAGCAAUCAAAUCGGCGUCGGAAAAGACCUCAGCCUCCUGUUCAUAAUGGACUUUUUGGGUCGUAUGAAGACAAAGAUAAUGAUUUUGUAUGUCCCAUUUGCUUUGGGAUGAUUGAUGAAGCACAUAUGACAAAAUGUGGACACAGUUUUUGCCACAGAUGUAUAAAGCAGAGUUUAGACCAGUCCAAUCGCUGCCCAAAGUGUAACUUUGUGAUGGACACACCAGAUCAAAUUUUUCCAAAUUUCCUCUUAAAUGAAUUGAUUUUAAAACACAGACAAAAGAUAGAGAAGAAACCCAAGUUAGAACAACAGAAUGGGCAUAUCACCCCAGUAGCUGUCCAGGACCUUUUACUUGACCAGGACAGUCUGGAUCUGGCCAAUGUCAACUUUAUGCUGGAGCUACUGACACAGAAGAAACAGAGACUAGAAUCAGAUUCCAAAAUAGCUCAAAACCAGAUUCUUAAAGAUUUUCUCCAACAGCUGAGACAGAGAAAACAAGAGCAAUUAGACAGAUUAACAAGAGAAGUACAUAUCAUUGAUGAAGAUUAUAGCAGGGUCGAGACAGCACUGAAAGAAUAUAAAAAGAAAUAUCCUUUUACUCCAUUAUCUCCUGAAUCCUCCACAUUAGUAAAUGGGCUUGAUCAACCUCUGAGUGCAGAGCCCCACUGCAGUAGUACUAGUAGUAGUAGUGGUGUUAGUGUUGGGAGCAGUAGCCAGGAAGGAUUCAAUGGGAGCAGACAUGAUGGUGGGAAACAGUGGCUGCAGACCACUAUGGCUUCCAGGAGGAAAAAAGUCAGCCAACAUUUUGAUGAUCUGCAACAAUGUUAUUUCUCAACUAGGUUAAAAGAAUAUGGAUCUGGGGAGACAUGUAGUACCUCUUCAGAUGGACUGGAAGAUUUUAGUGAUAGCCUUUCCAAAUUUACCCAGUUCAGCUCAUUUCGUCCAUUAGCUACUCUUAGUUAUGCCAGUGACAUAUAUAAUGGCUCAAGUAUAGUAUCAAGUAUUGAAUUUGAUCGUGACUGUGAUUAUUUUGCUAUUGCUGGAGUCACCAAGAAAAUAAAGGUGUUUGAAUACAACAUGGUGAUCAGUGAUGCAGUGGAUAUGCAUUACCCUGUGACAGAGAUGGUGUGCAAUUCAAAAAUAAGCUGUGUAACAUGGAGUGCAUACCACAAGGGAACAAUGGCCAGUUCUGAUUACGAGGGGACAAUUACAAUCUGGGAUGCAUUUAGUGGGGUGAAGCACAGGAUGUUUCAGGAACAUGAGAAAAGGUGCUGGAGUGUGGAUUUCAACAGAAUGGAUCCUAAACUUAUAGCUUCAGGUUCAGAUGAUGCCAAAGUGAAGUUGUGGUCAACUGAUGUGGAGCAUUCUGUGGCCAGUAUAGAGGCCAAGGCCAAUGUGUGCUGUGUCAAGUUUAACCCCGAAAGCAGAUAUCACUUAGCUUUUGGUUCUGCAGACCAUUGUGUACAUUACUACGACCUUCGCAACACUAAGGUGCCACUCAUGACCUUCAAAGGCCAUCGGAAAGCUGUGUCAUAUGUGAAAUUUGUCAACUCUUCAGACUUGGUUUCGGCGUCCACAGAUAGUCAGUUAAAGCUGUGGAAUGUGAACAAACCUCAGUGUGUGAGGACAUUCAGAGGCCAUGUCAAUGAGAAGAACUUUGUUGGGUUAGCCACAGAUGGGGAUUACAUUGCCUGUGGGAGUGAAAAUAAUUCUUUGUGUGUUUACUUCCGGGGACUUUCCAAACAGUUGGUCACCUACAAAUUUGACACAGUAAGAAGUGUAUUGGAGAAGGACAGGAAAGAAGAAGACACUAAUGAGUUUGUCAGUGCGGUCAGCUGGAGGCCAGGAUCAAAUGUUGUGGUUGCUGCAAACAGCCAAGGAACAAUCAAGAUUUUAGAACUUGUAUGAAAUUGUGGUCAAAAAAGCAGUGAGUGGAGCAUUUUAGGGAGUUCUAGAUGGAAUACUGUGGUCUCAGGAGAGGUGGCACGUUGAACAGUUUGGACUGAUCUCAUGUGGAAUGUGAGGCAGUAUGUUUGAACAGUGGAAAGACUGGUCAGCACAGUGGCCAGCACCCUGGUCAGCAUCUUUCUAGUUUAAGAUGUUUGCAGCUAAGCUUGAUGAAGUUGCUGGAUGAUAGAUUGAAUUCCUAGAAAGUUCUGAGAAAUAAACCUCUGAGAUGUUUUGAACAUGCACAGUUCGGGAACAGUCAAAUUGACUUUCAUUUGUGGACAUAAGUUGAAGCCAUAUUUCUAUGGUGGACAAAUAAAUGUGUACCAUCAAGAUUUCUUUAAUCUCUUCAAUUCUCCAGUACCCUAUUAACUUAGUGUAUUAAAAGAGGGACCAUGUGCCUGCAGAGCAUACGAGAUCUGAGCAUGUAACAGACUUAAUGAAGGUGCUACCAGCAGUCGGGUAUAAUACCACUUAAAGUUAGACAGGUAUUUCCAGUGCAAACAUGAUGCCAACCAGUUGAAUUCCUGGCUCUAGGGAUAUAUAUGCUAGGGCCAAAGUUUUGCCUAGUAUCAAAUUUGCUGUCUAUGACAGUUGUUAGCAGAACCUUGGGAGUUACAACCUCCUAUCCCAGGCAACUGGUUUCAGACAUCUCAAUACAAAUGUUUUUAUUGUAUUUUCACCAGACUUUCCUCACAAUGUUGACGAAGAAAUAGAAGUAUACUUCAGUUAGUUGUGGCAUUUGAUGAAAAGCGAUUUUUUAUUUAACAGAGGUGAAAAAUUAAUAUAUGCACAUUAUUUAGGCCAUGGUCUCAAGGAAAGACUCACAAGUUGCCAACAAAAUGGAAAAUGCUUUAAUUUUGGGUCACAGAAUUUAAAAGUUUGUCUGUUGUCUGUAGUAUUUACCUGUUUAGAGGGUUUUGGUAUUAAAAGGGAGCCCUAAUGUGGGCCUGAGGUGCUACUGUUAUUCAGCAUUUUUUUUCAUAAAGUGAAGAUAUGUUCUCUUAUAGUUUUUUGUCUGAAUGAAAAGAUUCUAUUUGCAACUGCAGUUUAGGUGUAUAGCUAUAAACAUUCACAUUGACUUGUGAAUUGUGGUCUACAAUUUGGUGUGUUCGAUUAACUAGUUUAAGUAAAUUGGUAUGUCAAGGCAGUAGGUUACAAUGUUUACUGACUAAGACUAAAUACAUAGUCUUGUAAUUUGGGGCUUAAAUGUUGGCAUAUUAGAAUGUAUGUUUGCAAUAUAGAUUAAAUUUCAUUGAGUAGUGGAACUGGUUUUCUAAUAUGAAGGGAGGAGGGGAGUUGAGACUCAUGUUAUACAUGAUGCUAUCAAUUUAGGUAUGUCAGUUGUUUAUGGAAAACAUAUCGAUGCUGGAGAGCCGGUUUAACAUAUUAUGGUUAUAUCAUACUGGUAUAAUUUGCAAGUAAUAUGUAAGUGCACCUCACAAGUACGUAUCACACUAUUAUACUGGUGCAUGUUGUUUGCUGAAGAAACUGCAUUACAAUGUUAGUUUGCUUCACCAUUUUAUUGUAAAAUGGUAUUAAUGGAUAGAUUGGUGGUUGUGAAGAAGAAAAAUGUUUCAGAAGAGAAAAUGUAAAUUGAUCUCAGGUUAAAAUAUAAUUUACUUUAUGGGAGUAGUACCACUGUGUUCAAUAAAUAUAGACGUGUUACUUUAAUGAUGAAUGUUAUAUGUGAAGAGAGUGGAGAGCUGAUAAUAAGCAGCUGGAUACGGUUUUCACUGUGUUUUCAGUUCACAAUGGCCAGGGGCUAAGAACCCUGAAUAUGGUAAUCUUGAACAGAGAGACUGAUACAAAGCUGUAAUUGAAACAAUUUCAGGUUUUUAAGUGGUCUUUUCACACCUUAAAUGGCAAGUUGUGGUCAUUCAAAUGAUAGCCAUAGCAUGAUUCAGUUUGUUCAAUGUUGUAGUAAAGAAGUAAUGCAUAAUAAAAUCAGUG